GUUCACAACCACAUAAUGAAAGGCUCUCAACACCAAACAACACGCAUUUACUAACAGCACAGGUAUGCUAUACUUUUUAUUAUAUCUCAUAAUAAACCCAUAUACCCAAAUAGUUGUGUCUCCUGAUCAGCCAUCCAUGUUUUAACGAAAUGGUGGAGGGGGGAAAAAAAAAAAGCAACAGUUCAAUCCACAACCCAACAAACUCCUAUAUGAUGAAGAUUUUUCUCAAGAACCGGUAUUUUUAGGAAGAGCCGGAAGAGGUAUGACAGGAUACCCAAUGGGAUCCUCGUCGUCGAUGCUUAUAAUGGUUCUUCUGAGUGGAGUUAAACUUGUUGGUUUGUGGAUGGACUGGAGCUGCUUCUGUCUCGUUCCAGUGUUUUAUAUCUUUCAAAUCAGGGCAUUGGGAACGGUGUGCUGAUGUUGUUCUGGUAUAGGGUUCGUCGCUUUUCCUUUAGAUUAUAGGUUCUGGUGUUUGGGCUAUGUGUGGGGAUUGUCCAACUUGUUCAGUGGUUGUACAUAUGUAGUGCAAUUAAGCUUGCUUUAUAAAUGCAGAAAAGUCUAUAUUUAUCA